GUCACGAACUCUGACCUCCCGGAGCCGGAGCCGCCACCGACAAAUAACCCCCCAGGAGAGGCCACCGGGAGCUGGGCCCGCCAGGAGUCUUCACAGAGUGAUUAUGCAUACGAGGUGUGAAGUGUAAUCUAGGUACCAUAGGAAAUUCUGGUGAUUAAAGAUCAUGGCAACCAUAGAGGAACUGGCCCAUCAAAUUAUUGAACAACAAAUGGGAGAGAUUGCGCAUUCCCAAGGAACUGUUACUCAAACACUAAUGGAUGGGACAGCACAAAGAAUACAAAUUGUCCCAGCGGAUUCAGGUCUCUCUUUACCACAACGCAUACAAAUUGUCACAGACCAGCAGACGGGCCAGAAGAUUCAGAUUGUUACUGCACUUGAUCAGAGCACAGCAGGCAAGCAGUUCAUCUUAACAAAUCAUGAUGGCUCUACCCCAAGCAAGGUGAUCCUUGCCAGACAAGAUUCCACUCCAGGAAAGGUUUUCCUAACAACUCCAGAUGCUGCAGGUGUCAACCAACUGUUUUUUGCAUCCCCCGAUUUAUCUGCACAACACAUCCAGAUUUUAACAGACAACACUUCCACUGAACAGACCCUAAAUAAAGUAUUUGAUCUCUGUGUCGUAUGUGGAGACAAAGCAUCAGGACGUCAUUAUGGAGCAGUAACAUGUGAGGGAUGCAAGGGAUUCUUUAAAAGAAGCAUACGAAAGAAUUUAGUUUAUUCAUGCCGAGGGGCAAAAGACUGUGUCAUUAACAAACAUCAUCGAAACCGAUGUCAGUACUGUAGGCUGCAGAGAUGCAUCGCAUUUGGAAUGAAACAGGACUCUGUUCAGUGCGAGAGGAAACCAAUUGAAGUAUCACGAGAAAAAUCUUCAAACUGUGCGGCUUCUACAGAAAAGAUCUACAUCCGAAAAGAUCUGCGCAGCCCACUUGCUGCAACUCCAACUUUUGUAACCGACAAUGAAACAGCAAGAUCAACAGGACUGCUAGAGUCAGGAAUGUUUGUAAAUAUCCAUCAGUCCGGAAUAAAAAGUGAGCCUACUGUGCUUAUGACACAAGAUAAGGUUGAGGCCUGUCAGGGGGAUUUAAGCACACUGGCAAAUGUGGUAACAUCAUUAGCAAAUCUCAGUAAGUCCAAAGACAUGUCUCAAAGUAGUGCUGAGCUGUCUAUGAUUGAAAGUUUAAGCAACGGAGAUACAUCAUUGUCUGAACUUCAUCAAGAAGAGCAAGCAAGUAGUGAUGUUACCAGGGCAUUUGAUACUCUUGCGAAAGCACUAAACCCAGGAGAGAGUGCAGCAUGUCAGAGCUCUGCAGAGACUGUUGAAGCCAAUGUACAUCUGAUUGGUGGAGAAACAAGCAUGAAUAUCGUUGAAAUAGAGGGGCCGCUUCUCAGCGAUGCACAUGUAGCUUUCAGGCUCACCAUGCCUUCUCCGAUGCCUGAAUACCUGAAUGUUCAUUACAUCUGUGAGUCAGCCUCCAGACUACUCUUUUUGUCCAUGCACUGGGCACGCUCCAUUCCUUCCUUCCAAGCUCUAGGGCAAGAUAACAGCAUAUCAUUAGUAAAAGCCUGCUGGAAUGAACUUUUUACACUUGGUCUUGCACAGUGUUCACAAGUGAUGAAUGUGGCAACUAUAUUAACUGCAUUUGUUAAUCACCUGCAUGGUAGCUUACAGCAAGAUAAGCUGUCUACAGAUAGAGGAAAACUAGUGAUGGAGCAUAUCUUCAAACUGCAAGAAUUCUGUAACAGUAUGGUUAAGCUUUGCCUAGAUGGGUAUGAAUAUGCUUAUCUGAAAGCAAUCGUCCUCUUCAGUCCUGAUCACCCAGGUCUAGAAAAUGUGAUACAGAUUGAAAAGUUUCAAGAAAAGGCUUACAUGGAGUUCCAAGAUUAUGUAACAAAAGCAUAUCCAGAUGAUACCUACAGGCUAUCUAGGCUUCUUCUCCGAUUGCCUGCCCUCAGACUGAUGAGUGCCACCAUCACAGAAGAGUUGUUCUUUGCAGGACUGAUUGGAAAUGUUCAGAUUGACAGCAUCAUCCCAUAUAUCCUAAGAAUGGAGACAGCAGACUACAACUCUCAAAUUAUUGGUCAUUCUGUAUAAAGGUGGAAAACAAGGAUUCUAUGCCGUGGUGACGUAAAUGUACAUCACCAUGGCAGUCAUGGCAUACUGUCUCCAAGAGAUGGCAAGAAGCCUUCCCCGGCAACUUUUAAAAAUUUAAAGAAGGCUAAAAUUCCUCCUUUCCAGUACAUUUGUGAAAUGCUGCAGAGUGUCUUGAGGGAUACAGGAGACUUCCUUUUUUCAUCUGGUUUUCAAGGACUUGUAAAUUAUCUGGCAUUUAAUGAAAAUCAAAAAUUAUCCACUGUAUUUUUGUAGAUAGAUGAACCUGAAAUUUUGUUUAUGAAGUCCAAAACGAAUAGGAAAAUCCAGCCUGGUGAAGAAGAGUGUUGACUG